UGAAAUAGUCAAAUUACUCAAAUACCGUUUUAGUUUAGUUCAUUUUAUAUUUAUUUCAAUUAUUUGGUAAACAAAAUGUCUGCAAGAGUAGCUUUGAAAGAUGUGCAGGAAGCAAGCAAGAGAAUCGCGCCGUAUAUUCAUCGUACGCCAAUAAUGACUUGUUCAACACUCGACGAGAUGGCUGGCAAGUCGCUUUUCUUUAAAUGUGAAAUAUUUCAAAAGGUUGGAGCUUUUAAGUUCCGAGGUGCAUCAAAUGCAGUUGGUAAGCUUGUUGAAGAAUGCAAAGAAGACAAAAGUCAGAUGACCAUCGUCACACACAGCAGUGGUAACCACGCCCAGGCUAUUGCACUAGCAUCUAAACUACGAGGGGUUAAAGCUCACAUUGUGAUGCCCUCUGAUGCUCCCUCUGUGAAGAAAGAGGCUGUGAUGAAUACCUAUGGGGCACAGGUCACUGAGUGCAUCAAUACACAGAAGAGCCGUGAAGGAACCUGUGCUGAUGUUUUAAAGUCAGUUGGUGCAAAUGGACACUUGAUUCAUCCAUUUGAUAAUCUCAAUGUGAUUGCAGGUCAAGGGACAAUAGGUCUUGAAGUAUUAGAGCAGGUACCAGAUGUUGAGGCGAUUGUGGUUCCUGUCGGAGGAGGAGGCUUGCUCAGUGGUGUUUGUGUUGCUGUGAAAAACACAAAACCUGAUGUUAAGAUAUUUGCAGCUGAACCUCUGAAUGCUGAUGACUGUGCAAAAUCAUUCGCAGCAAAGAAAAGAAUACCAUUACCAGGUCCUCCUGACACAAUUGCAGAUGGCUUGCGUACAAGUGUUGGUCAGUUGACAUGGCCAAUCAUUCAACAGUAUGUUGAUGAUGUGAUUACAGUGACUGAGGAAGAGAUUAUUCAUGGGACAAGAUUGGUAAUUGAGCGUAUGAAGGUAGUUAUAGAGCCUUCGUCAGGUGUGGUUGUAGCAGCUGUACUUAAUGAGAAGUUUCGGAAAAGGACUGCGGGUUUGAAAAACAUUGCUGUUCUUCUUUGUGGAGGAAAUAUGGAUUUUGAUAAAUUUCCUCCAUCAUCAGUUGAACCUAGUCUGAGUAGAAACUAGAUAUGUGUUGACUGAGUACAU